GCGUAUUCGGAACGCUCCUCGCGCAUCCGAGCCGGUUCCGCAAGCAUAUCCAAAGCCAUUUUCGAACGGUGUGCGCGAAUCGCUCAUUAAACCCAAAUGGGUGUACAAUAAAAAGUUUUAGUCCCGGCCAUUGAAAAGUGUGUGUGCUCUACUUGUUCCUUUAUUAUUAUUUUCUCCAAGCCAUUGUCAUCGCUUUUUGCGUGCAACGUGUGGCGUCGUGUGGCACGGUGUGGUGUGAGUGGCCGAUUGCGAGUGCGUCGCUUAAAUGCCAAUUAAAGUGGCAGGCGUUUAAUCAAGUCAAGUCCCAGUCCCAGCCCCAGUCACAGUCUUCGUCUCCGUCGCCGACUCCAACGCCGCCGACGGUGUGACAAAAGAGUCUGCAGAGGAGUCCUUGGCAUAGCUCCACUCUUCAUUUCCCUCGACAUUCUCGGCAGGCAGCGCACAUUCACGAAAUUCCCAGUGAAAACAUAGCCAUAAAUUAACAACUAAUUCAAUUAACUGCUGACAACGUCAACGAGCGCCGCUUGGUUGCAGCUUGGGAACAGGUCCUUUGCCACGAGGCAGGCCAGAAGGAAGUCAGGAAGAGUCACUGCAUCGCCGCAGGAUAUGCGGCAGGCUGCCUAGGAGGAAUUCCUUGUGCCAGCCUCCUCCCAUCACGCGGACGCAGUGCAGCAGUUCCACGACGACCAUGAGCGACCAGAUUGGCAACCCGAAUGCAACAUUCAGUGGCAGUGGCAGUGGCACCAACGCCGCCGCCAUCGCCGAAAGUGCGGCGGAGAGCGGACCGGACUUCGAUGCACUUCGGGCCGCCUGCGAAACGCGGCUAAAUGCCAGCGGUCAACUGCCGGGCUCCGGAGGACCAGGAGCAGUAGCAGGAACCCACUGUGCCGGCACCUUUGAUGGCUGGCUUUGUUGGCCGGAUACGGCUGUCGGCACUUCCGCCUACGAACUUUGCCCGGACUUCAUCACGGGAUUCGAUCCAGCAAGAUAUGCCCACAAGGAGUGCGGUCUCGAUGGCGAGUGGUUCAAGCAUCCGCUGACCAAUAAAACAUGGUCCAACUACACAACCUGCGUAAAUCUCGAAGACCUCAACUGGAGGCACACCGUGAAUCUGAUCUACGAGGUUGGCUACGGCACAUCACUGCUGGCCAUUCUGCUGUCGUUGGCCAUAUUGGGUUAUUUCAAAUCCCUGAAGUGCGCCCGCAUCACGCUGCACAUGAAUCUGUUCGCCUCGUUCGCUGCCAAUAACUCGUUGUGGCUGGUCUGGUACCUGCUGGUCAUGCCGAAUUCGGAGCUACUGCAUCAGAGUCCGAUGCGCUGCGUGGCCCUGCACAUCGCGCUACACUACUUCCUCCUGUCCAAUUACUCCUGGAUGCUCUGCGAGGGAUUCUAUCUGCACACCGUCCUCGUCGCCGCAUUCAUUUCCGAGAAGAGGCUGGUCAAAUGGCUCAUCGCUUUCGGCUGGGGCUCCCCGGCCAUCGUCAUAUUCGUCUAUAGCAUGGCCCGCGGUCUGGGCGGCACGCCCGAGGACAAUCGUCACUGCUGGAUGAACCAAACCAACUACCAAAACAUUCUAAUGGUGCCUGUGUGUAUCUCCAUGUUCCUGAACCUCCUGUUCCUGUGCAACAUUGUGCGCGUGGUCCUUUUGAAGCUGAAUGCCCCGGCCAGUAUUCAGGGCAGCUGUGGACCAUCGCGAACGGUUUUGCAGGCAUUUCGGGCCACGCUGCUUUUGGUGCCUCUGCUCGGCCUCCAGUACAUCCUUACGCCCUUUCGUCCUGCACCCAAACAUCCCUGGGAGAAUACAUACGAAAUCAUCUCGGCGUUUACGGCCUCAUUUCAAGGUCUGUGCGUGGCCAUUUUGUUCUGCUUUUGCAACGGCGAGGUGAUUGCCCAAAUGAAGCGCAAGUGGCGGAUGAUGUGCUUCAGCAACCGACCGCGGACCAAUUCCUAUACAGCCACUCAGGUCUCGGUAAGAUUUGUACUAAAAGCUUCACAUGCUUUUCUCCCAUCCUUUCUACUUUCUACUAAUUUUGUACCACGGGUUACGGCGCGUAUGAGUAAUGCAGCAGCAGUAGCACACUUAAGCACUCACAGUUUAUUGGCCUAUAGAUCCGAAUUAAUCGCAUGCAACAAAUAAUAACAAUGAAAAAUGAAUUAGAACAGUAUAAACAAAAAGAUACAUAAGACAGUUACAGAAACCGACGCACCGUUGCCAACUGGCCAACCACCAUGAUAGCAAAUUCUCAGUUCUUUUGAUUGUAGUUCGUGCGCUGCGGACCGCCACUGCCAGGAGAGGAGAAGGUAUGACUAAAGGACAUGUCGGCCAAGCGACGCGCCUCCGCAGGACCCCAACACCAUCAACCCCACCACCAAAGCCACCAGUUGUCCGCGGAGCAGCAGAGAGCUCGCAGCCAGAGCCUGGCGAGUUCGUCGUCCUUCCUGGAUGGCUGGCGCGACCGGAUGCCGUUCCUGAAACGCCGCCAAACCAUCGACCACUCCCGCCAGAGCCAGCCACUCAUGGAGGAGGGCGGGGAGAACGCUGGUCAGGCCAAAUCCGCGCCAGGUGCCGUCGACAGGCCGACAUUGAUGACGACCAUUGCGGAAGAUGUUGCCGAGACAGGAACGGCAGCAGCAUCGCACGCAGCUGCAACAUCCGACGCAGCAGCAGCAGGAGGUGCAACUGGAGCGGAGGAGGGCCAUCCCAACGGCAUGGGCACUGUCAUCGUUCGCAUGGAGAGAGCUGGACAACAGCACAUGGCCGAUGAGGCGCUUUAGGUUAAACCCUUCGAGUCACACAACAUCUCAUAGUUUAAGCCACAGUUAUACCAAAACCGAAACAGGUCGAGAACCCAAAAACCAAACCCCACCAAAAGCUACAGCCCAUUGAAUCCAGUUAGCAUCGCCAGGCAUGUUCCUGAAAUAUCUAGAGUUUCUAAAAUAAAUAAACGGGUGUCUAAAAGUGGGCAAUGUCAUUAAGCAUUAAUUUUUAGAUUCGCCAUUGUCGUUAAAUAUUCAGAGGCACUGCCCUUAAGCAAUCCCAGCUAAAACCUUAAAAGUAACAUUUUCAUUAGCCAAGUUAGCAUUUUUCUUAAAUUUUUUACACUAUUUUGAGACACCCGAAAUAUUGCUACGAAACUUUCGGAAAACUUCAAAGCACCCAGAAUAAGUUCCUUAGCCAGCUAGGCUGAUGUAUAUUUUGCAACAAUUUGCGCCAUGCUAAAUGUUAAGUUUUAAUAGUAUAUACAGAGCAGUUUUCCUUGGUUUCCUCAGAAUGCGAAAUGCGAAAUAAAUUUCAGCCUUUUGCCGGCAACGGACCCACUUGAAUGAGAACAUAUUUAUUGUACCUAUGAAUGUAAGAAUUUAUGUGGAUAUUAAAUAUCAUUGUUGUCUUAAGUGUUAAGUGUAUCCUAGGACUAGUGCCCCCAACUCCCUCCUCCCAAAAAAUAUAUAUAUAUCUCUCUCUCUCUGUGGUAAGCUGAGCUUUCUGGCAAUCGCUUUUAGUGUGGGUAUGAAUGUACGCAAAUGUAAUAAAAUUUUAAUUAUAUCUACGUAUGCUAUACA